AUGCUGUUAACCACACUAACACACUUUUUUUUUCUUUUUUUUUUUUUGAGACAGAGUCUCACUCUGUCGGCCUGGCUGGAGUGCAGUGGCACGAUCUCGGCUCACUGCAACCUCCGGCUCCCCGGCUCAAGCAAUUCUCCUGCCUCAGCCUCCCGAGUAGCUGGGAUUACAGGCAUGUGCCACCACGCCCGGCUAAUUUUUGUAUUUUUAGUUGAGAUGGGGUUUCACCAUGUUGGCGAGGCUGGUCUUGAACUCCUGACCUCAGGUAAUCCGCCAGCCUCGGCCUCCCAAAGUGCUGGGAUUACAAGCGUGAGCCACCGUGCCCGGCCAACAGUUUAUAAAUCUGUGGAGACUUCAUUUCCCUUGAUGCCUUGCAGCCGCGCCGACUACAACUCCCAUCAUGCCUGGCAGCCGCUGGGGCCGCGAUUCCGCACGUCCCUUACCCGCUUCACUAGUCCCGGCAUUCUUCGCUGUUUUCCUAACUCGCCCGCUUGACUAGCGCCCUGGAACAGCCAUUUGGGUCGCGGAGUGCGAGCACGGCCGGCCAAUCGCCGAGUCAGAGGGCCAGGAGGGGCGCGGCCAUUCGCCGCCCGGCCCCUGCUCCGUGGCUGGUUUUCUCCGCGGGCGCCUCGGGCGGAACCUGGAGAUAAUGGGCAGCAC